AUGUCCGUCGGGCCUGCGACAAGUCGCCAUGCCGACGAAGAGGCUCGUGCCGAGGUUGAUGUGCUCAACUCGCGACUCGAGAAGACGACUCAAUUGACCAAAAAGAUCCAAGCAUGCAUGGGAAGGUUGGAGUCUACCGGCAAGAGUGUCAGAGAAGUUGCCGGUCCUCUCAGUGGCGAAACGAAGAAGCUUCAGGUGCUGGGCAACAACAUCGAUUCGGUCCUCGCUGCCAUUGAACGUCUACGUCAACCCGCCGACAGUAAGAAUGACGAAGAACAGAUCAUCCGCGCCGGUCCAGACAAGGCUGGCCUUUCCAACUACCUCGCCUCAAUCAAGCGCCUUUCCAAGUCCCUUGUGGACAUGCAGGCUUCCAACCUACGGGCCAACCAACAGACAAUGGCCGAGCUGGUCCGCUUAAUCAAGUCAGGCAACUCCCAGCUUGAGGGCCAUUUCGACAGACUGCUUCGAGGAGAAACUCCACGUUCGAUCGAACCGCUACAUUACAUCACCAAGGAUAUGCCAUUCCCCGUACUAUCUCAGGACAAGGUGACGCGUCUCGGCCUAGUCAACUCUUACAUUACGAGCAAUCAUCGUCAGAACGCUGGUGCUGCCACUACCCCGCAAGACUCGGCCAUUGCCAAAAUCUACGCUGAAAUACGCGGACCCUACCUGUCCUCUACCUUGGCCAACUUGGCUGCUGCCAGCGUUAACACGACGAAGAAGAAGAACCCCGAUGCAAUCUACCGCGCGGGCACCAAUGGCAUUGGUACGUACGCGCAGGCCAUGGAAGGCAUGUUUCUGGCCGAGUACGACAACAUCUGUAGCAUCUUCACCCGCGAAGAUUGGGGCCCCCUUUUCCAAGCCACAUGCCAGAGUGCUAUGGCCGAGCUUGCGCGCACCCUGCGCGAGCUGAACAACCAUAUCAAGGGGCAUUUGGACACGGACUGCUACCUCGCCUACGAGAUCACAGAGAUCAUGUCAGGCCUCUCAAGUAACUUGGAAACGCGUACCGGCGAGCUAAAGUCUUCACUUGCUGCAGCCCUUCGGCCUGUGCGGGAGACUGCCAAACUAUCGUUGGGAGAACUGUUGGACGAGACGAAACGAAAGAUUGCUGCCAUGCAAACACUUCCGCAAGACGGUGCACCAAUACCUAUUGUUUCAGCGACAAUGCAGCGGCUGCAGACCAUGGUCGAAUUCCUGAGGCCAAUCUCGAGUAUCAUGUUCUCCCUUGGUGACGGGGGGUGGAGAACAAAUGCCGCUGCCGAUGGACGAUCAAUUGACGCAAUUCCCAGUCUUGCUUCCUUUGAUAUUGGCGCUGACGGGAAGGAAAUCUUUUCGCACUACUGCUCAGAUACGGUCGAUAUGCUCAUGGCGGGGCUGGACUCAAAAGCCAAGAUAGUUCUCAAGGGCGGUAGAGCUGUUAUCGGCGUCUUCCUAGCCAACAGCGUUGUAAUCAUUGAAAGAAUGAUCCGCGAUUCGGACCUUGCGCCACUCCUAGAAGGCCGGAUGAGCAUGCUGGACCAAUGGCGCAAGAAAGCAACAGGCAUGUACACAAUGGAUUGCAAAGAGGUCUCGACACACUUAUUUGAUGUCAUCCACACGAGCAAAGCACGACCUCAAUCCGGACAGGCUGAUUCCGCCUCCAUUCUCAAAGGUCUAAGCAGCAGGGACAAGGAUAACAUCAAGGGCAAGUUCCAGGCAUUCAAUGCUUCCUUUGACGAGAUGGUCAGCCGGCACAAGACAUACAACAUGGAAAGGGAGGUGCGUCAGAUGUUUGCAAGAGAUAUCCAGCAGAUGCUCGAACCCCUCUACAACCGGUUCUGGGACCGAUACCACGAGGUUGACAAGGGCAAGGGCAAGCACGUAAAGUACGACAAGUCUGCGAUUGCCGCCGUCUUCAUGACGCUCUAUUGA